UCUGUGUUAAUCCCAAUGACCACUUCCUUCGACACUCUCCUCUCCAGCCUUGUCUUACAAAAAAACUAGGGUUUUUUAUUGUUGUUGUCCUUGCUCGAUUCCACGAUUCUCUGAUCAAUCCUCUCUGUUAUUCUCAACCUAAUCAGAGAAAAAACCAUGUCUAUACUCGAAACUCUGUCUCUCGAACCAAACCCCAAAAGACAGAAGAUCGAACCGGUGCCCUACGACUCCUUGUCUUCUACCACAUGUCUUCACUCGUUCGCUUGUCACGGAGUCUGCACAGCCUGCAAUUCAAUGGUCGAAAAACGCCACUUCAGAUCAUUCCACUAUUUCUCCGACGGUCUACAGAUACGCCACGAGGCCUUGGCCUUAGCAAAACGUCUCACAACUAAGUUCUAUUGUACGGGCGAGAAGAAACUCCACUUAGUCCUUGAUUUAGACCAUACCCUUGUCCACACCACAAGUGUCCCAUCUCUCACCGAAGCGGAGAAGUAUCUUAUCCAAGAAGCUGGUUCAAGGCACGAUCUCUGGAUGUUGAAAUCCGACCAAGAUCCCGUCGAACGCUUGAUAAAGCUACGUCCUUUUGUCCACGAUUUCUUGGAAGAAGCACACAAGAUGUUCAAAAUGUAUGUUUACACAAAGGGUAACCGCUAUUACGCUGAAUCCGUCUUGGAGAUGAUCGAUCCGAGGCGAAUCUAUUUCGGUAGGAGAGUGAUCACGAGGGAGGAGAGUCCUUACUUGAAGACGCUUGAUUUGGUUUUGGCUGAUGAGCGUGGUGUGGUGAUUUGAUUUGUGGAUGAUAGACGUGAUGUGUGGCCUGAUCACAAGAGUAACUUGGUUGAGAUUAGCAGUUACGAGUAUUUCAGGAUGAGCAAUAUUGGCCAGUGUUCAAAGCCAUACUCUGAGGAGAGGCUAGAUGAAAGUGAAUGCAACGGUGGGUUGGUUAAUGUUUUGAGGUUAUUAAAGGAAGUUCACUGUGGAUUCUUUAGAGUCAAAGAAGACUUGGAGUCAAAAGACGUGAGGUUGCUCCUACAAGAGAUUGAAUUCAAUCGUGGUGUACUAUACUAAGAAUCUUUUAUUCUUUAGUAACUUCAUUUAAGCAAUAUAACUCUGUGAUCUCGUUCAUAUGUAAGAACUUUGCAAAGUUAUUUUGAAUGGAAAACUUUAAAGCAUAUUCCAUAUGAGGUGAAUGUGGGUAUUUUACUAUGUUUCUUUCGCAUUAAUCCAAUCUAAUCCGCAAAGUCCAAUGAA